CCGCAGCCUGCCCAGCCUCUGCCGUCAGGCAGGGUUUGAUAGCAAUGGGUACGGCAGGAGUACUGUCAUGAUUUCUUCCACCCCCGAGUAUUGAUAUUGAUAUAAUUGGGCUUCCAGUCCGGAUCGUAAGACCCAAACGCGCGCGUGCGAUGCCCUGUCAGCUCGCCAAAGCUUGUGAAUUUGUAUCGCCGGCAGCUCGGGAGCUAGUGUGCUUCUACUAAUACCGCUUUGGCAGUUGGCUUCGUUUUUUCGUGAAAUCUGACGUAGCUGUUGUAAGGCAGGUGCACCAAGCGCGGGAGGAUGCUCUGCUCCGGCGCACUUUUAGACGUUAACAGAAACCGCGCUGCUGCUGCGCGGCGAUGGCAGCUAUGCUGCCCAAACCCCAGAGGUAUUACGGAAGUCAAGCGGGGAGAACACCUAUAGGUUAUUUCUUUUUUUUAUAAAUGACUUUACUUGAGGUCAAGAAAAGCAUUGGUAUGAAAUAGCCUUUCAAACAGGCCAGUGGUUUGUUUGCUGUGUCAGCAAUAUGUCUGAAAGAAAAGGCAUGCUCCGUAACCUACAUUUCAAAGGUCACAGUGCUACUGCUCCGGGCUUCCGAAAAUCACAGUUCGAGCCAGCAUCAUGGCUGGUUUGAAGGUUCGCUCUGUUCUGCUGCUUAUACUAUACCAUUUCUGUCAAAGAUGUAUCCCAAGUGGAAUUUCAACACAUGUUGAAAUAGCACAUAGAGCUCUGGAAUUUUUCAUUAAGCGUGAAGGGAAUGUUGAUUAUAGACAGUUAUUACUAAACCACCAAGAUGCUUUUCAGGCUGGGAGCAUUUAUCCUGAUGCCUUUUAUCCUUCAAUCUGCAAAAGUGGAAUAUUCCAUGAUGUGUCAGAAGACACUCACUGGUCACCAUUCCUCAGUGCCAGUAUUCACUACAUCAGAAGGAAUUAUCCUCAGCCUUGGGAAGAGGCUACAGAGAAGCUGGUGGCUUUCCUGUUUGGAGUUGCCUCGCAUAUGGUGGCAGAUAUUAGCUGGCAUAGCCUGGGCAUCGACCAAGGAUUCCUAAAGGCCAUGGGAGAAAUUGAUUUUCAAGGUUCAUACUCAGAAGCUCACAGUGUUGGCGAUUUUGGAGGAGAUGUACUGAGUCAGUUUGAGCUCGACUUCAGUUAUCUGGCAUCGAAUUGGUAUGUACCUGUCAAAGACCUAGCAGCUAUCUAUAAGGAAUUUUAUGGAAAAGAGAUCAUAACUGAAAGCACAAUUACUGACUGUACUUACCUGCUGUUUCUUGAACUGCAUGGAGAAAGGCUUGCCAUUGCCAAGCUUUUUCCAACAUAUGCUAGUAAAUCUCCAUUUCUGGUGGAGAAGUUCCAUGAGUAUUUCCUCGGAGGAGUGGAUGACAUGGCGUUCUGGACAAACAAUAUUUUUGAGCUGACAAGCCAUAUGCUAGAGAAUGGAACCAGUGGCUGCUUCCUGCCUGAGAACCCUCUGUUUAUAAACUGCACAAGGGAGCACGAGGACAAGUACGUCAGAAGCAAACAAUCAAAACAUGAACGUCACAAGAAUACAACUUCUUUGCUUACAAACACACCUGAAAAGAAUAUAAACUAUACAGAGAGAGGAGUUCACUUCAACACAGAAUCUUGGGCAACAAAUUCCCUCCGCUUGAUAAACCAUGCUUUUGCAACCAAUGUCUGGAGAGCAUUAGCACCUACACAUCAAAAAUCUCCUAAGCACAUCUCCAAGCCAGCAGCUUCAUAUUUUCUGACUUCACCCUAUGCUAGACUUGGAUGGGCAAUGAUCUCAGCUGACCUAAACCAGGAUGGAUAUGAAGAUCUGGUGGUUGGAGCACCGGGGUACAGCACGUUGGGCCAUAUUCAGAUAGGACGGGUGUAUGUGGUCUAUGGCAACCAGUCAGGUUUGCCGCCAGAGGACAUGGAUCUAGAUGAGAAAGCUGACCAAGUACUACAGGGUCAUCAGCCUUCAGGAAGAUUUGGUUCUGCCUUGGCAGUCCUGGACUUCAAUGAGGAUGGACUGCCAGAUCUGGCAAUUGGAGCGCCUUCUGUGGGAUCUCAGUUUCUUACUUACAAAGGUGCUGUGUAUGUCUAUUUCGGCACUGAGGGAAGAGGCUUGGCAUCUCAACCAAACAUUACCAUAACUUGUCAGUAUUCCUACUGUAAUCUUGGUUGGUCCCUCCUGGCAGCUGAUGUUGAUGGGGAUGGAAAUGCUGAUCUGGUUGUGGGCUCUCCAUAUGCACCCGGUGGUGGGCAGCAGAGAGGAUUUGUGGUUGCGUUUUACUCUUAUUUCAACCGGAGUGACCAAGGACUUCUGUCAGUACAGGAUGCCAACUGGAUGGUGAAGGGGGAAGAAAACUAUGCUUGGUUUGGAUUUUCACUUGACAGCUGCCAGCUGGAGAAUGUAACACUACUGCUGAUUGGUAGCCCUACAUGGAGGAGUUGUGCUGGCUGCGAUCCCUUCUCAUCGGAUGUCAGACAGAGUGUUGGGAAGGUGUAUGGGUAUAACCCACCAAGCACAAAGCACUGGUUUGCAGUAACUGGAGACAAGGCAAUGGGCAGAAUGGGUUUGUCUCUGGCCAGUGGUGUGAUGUCUGUGGCUGGGAUCACAAGGAGAGUUUUGGUGGUGGGUGCACCUACUGCAGACAGCCUGUCCAGGAUUUCAUUUAUAUCCUCAGUGCUGCACCAAGCUGGACUGGCUCUGGUGUACGAUCUGACAGACAGCACCGAGCCUUCUUUGCUCAGCACAUUCAGUGGGGACAGGAGGUUUUCUCGCUUUGGAGGAGUUGUACGCUUAAGUGACCUGGAUAACGAUGGACUAGAUGAAAUGAUUGUGACAUCCCCACUGCGAACUAACAGUAUCACCACAAUACUGUUUGGUGGGGCAGCUGGCCGUGUUUACAUUUACAACGGAAAGCAGGCAUCCUCAGGGAAUGUGACAGGCCACUGCAAAUCAUGGAUAUCUCCCUGUCCCGAGGAUUGGGCACAGUAUGUCCUGAUUUCUCCUGAGGAACUAUCAAGAUUUGGGAGUUCCAUUAUCACUGUGAAAUCUGAAAGAAAGAAAGAAGUUGUAGUGGCAGCAGAGAGGAGUUCGGCGAAAGCUCGACUUGGUGGAAGGCUUUUCGUCUACUCGCUCUGAAAGUUCACGGUAGCCUUUAAGACCAGAGCACAGCUGGUCUUUUAGUGAAGACCCUCUGUAGUAUCUGUGAUACUUUCCUUAACCCAUACAAACCAACGGACCACAUGACAGCAAACUUUUGAUUGAGAUGUCCCAGAUUAGCUCAAUAGGGUUCUACACAGUUUUAAGUGAAGGGGAAUAUGAGCAUUCAUGCUGGUUUGACUUCCAAACCAACCAAAGCUAUGUCAGUCAUGUAAAAGCACAAAUUAAUUCUGUUGUGAGCAGUAGCAUCACUUAACCUAGAACAAGCAAGCUGGUCUGAAAAGCUUUUAGAGGCUGAAAUGAGCAGAAAGCUAGAUUUUGGUAGUAGUAUUUGGCUAUAUAAGGAAUGUUCAGUGGUCACCUUCUUUACUGGUCAGAUCUUAGUAUUUUCUUGACAAAACCAGGAAAGAAUAGCGCAUCACUUACAAUUCCUUGUAUACUGUGAUACAGACAGGGAUUCUAAGAUAUCAAAAGUUGCUGUCAAAAUAAUAAGCAUGGAGGAAGGGCAGCUCUAAGCCAAACGUGGGUGCCAAUCCAAAGGGCUGCCUCUGUCUCUAGCAAGUCUCAAGGCCCACAUUUGGGGUGUGGAACAGCUGGGAUCUCCCAGGGAGAAAAGUGCAAGCAAGACUGAUUAAGUUUUAGGAAAUACUUUUGCUUUUGCACAUGUGGUUGAGACUACUCUGACAUCCUUUCUUUGUGUUUUCAUGUAAAAUUCCAUGACCAUGGUAGCUUAGAAUUAUUAACAGCUUUUAUUGUUAACAGUAUUGUCUUCAACUAAUUAACAUAACUUUGUAUGAUGCAGGUUUAACAGUGUGCAUCAAUUAUCUAUUAAACAACUUGAGCAGCAA